AUGUCGUCGUAUUUCGGAUUCGGGAAGGCUUCAGGACCCACCGCACCUCUCAAAUCUCAACCUUCUUUCGGUUUCACCAGCUCUUCUCCUGUCCCCCCCUCUUCUUCACCUGUUCCUGCCUUUUCGUCACAAUCCACGCCCAGAUCCAUUGACUCUUCCAGUUGGAGUGAUGGACAGAAAAUUCUCUAUAAAGAUUUGGAUACCCGUACCCCUCAAAGGCCUUCCCCAGUCACAACAGUUAUUGCUUCUCGUGAUUCCACAACUGGUGUUAUAGCCAGAAUUUCAAGAUAUCCAAACCCCGAGAGAAGAUCUCCUCCUAUAUCUUAUGGAGAUGUUGAAGCUUUGGGGAAUUCUGAUCAAACUGUCAUAAGAAAUAAGACGUUUGCAUCAAUUUUUUCUUCCAGUUGGAGUGAUGGACAGAAAAUGCUCUAUAAAGAUUUGGAUGCCCAUACGCCUCAAAGGCCUUCCCCAGGCACAACAUUUGCUGCUUCUCGUGAUUCCACAACCGGUGCUACAGCCAGAAUUUCAAGAUUUCCAAAUCCCGAGAGAAGAUCUCCUCCUAUAUCUUAUGCAGAUGUUGAAGCUUUGGGGAAUUCUGAUCAAACUUUCAUAAGAAAUAAGUAA